AAACUCGCAAGAGGAAAAAAAGACCAUUCGCGUCGCGUGCGUAUUCUUUGCUUCCGCUCUCGAUAGAUCGCGAGGAAAGGAGUAGUACGGCGGCGGCGGCGGCAUCGUCGGCGGCGAUGAGGUCGGCCAUGACCCGCCUGAUCCGUUCCUCGUCCCCCGUAGUCUCGCCCUCCCGUCUCAGCGCCGCAAACUUGUUAAAGAACAAUAAUGGGAAGGCUUUCUUGAGCGAGGAUGCUUCCAAGCGUGUGGAGGAGCCUUUCAAGGUGGAGGAAGCAGAAACCGUGAAGGUGCCACCGCCUUCCCCGGACAAGCUUCUUGUGCUAGGUGGAAAUGGUUUUGUUGGUUCACAUGUUUGCAAGGAGGCUUUGGACAAAGGAUUUACUGUUGCUAGUCUUAAUAGAUCUGGAAAGCCAUCAAUAAGUGAAUCUUGGGCUGACAAAGUUAUAUGGAACAAAGGCAAUCUACUUGAACCUGAUUCCCUGAAGGAUAUUAUGGAAGGUGUUUCUGCUGUGGUAUCAUGUGUUGGAGGCUUUGGCUCAAAUUCUUACAUGUACAAAAUUAAUGGAACUGCAAACAUCAAUGCCAUCAGUGUUGCAGCUGAGAAAGGUAUUAAGAGAUUUGUGUAUGUGUCAGCAGCGGACUUUGGUUUUGUGAACUACUUGUUGCAAGGUUAUUAUGAGGGCAAGAGGGCAACUGAAGCUGAACUGCUAUCAAAAUUUACCUAUGGCGGAGUGAUUUUGAGGCCUGGUUUUAUUCAUGGAACUCGCCGUGUCGGUAGCGUAAAAAUACCUCUUGGACUUGUUGGUUCUCCUAUGCAAAUGAUCUCCCUGUGCACUGCAGGUUCUCCAAAGUGCGAAGCCGUUGACGAGAUUGCCGCUGGUUGGCCCACUGUUGACCCCUCCAGUGAGUGUUGCCUCCGUGGCGAAGGUCGCUGUAAGAGCAGCAACUGAUCCAGUGUUUCCUCCGGGUAUUGUUGAUGUGUACGGCAUCAUGCGAUACAGUGACCAGAAGUAGAAGUAAUAAAUAUUACACCGGAUCAUACAAAUUCUAUCUCCGAAUGAAUAAGCAGAUGUGGCUGGCACGUUAGACUUUUGCGCUUGUUUCGUUUUCAUAGAUUUUUACAGUUAGUAGGGGAACCUUAUUUAACUGAUCCAUGUCAAUCAGUGGUGAAGAUGUAUAUAGUAAAUAAAUCGUAUCAUGCUCACCAUGUUUGAUUGCAGUCAAUGAUCUGCUCUCGUCCAUGUUGCAUCUGAAGUUUUUUAAGUGGCUACAUUUUAAAGCAUCCAUCA